GCGUACGCGGGCGUCGGCGCGGUGCCGAGCCAGCCGGCGACGCCGGCGGCAGCGCUGGCGGCGGCGGCACCGCACCAGCAGCCGCAGCAGCAGCAGCUCUACGGCGGCGCUUACGGGUACCACCCGCCUCAGGCUGGGUUCCAGGCGCAGCAGGCGUCGCCGGCGCAGCCCAGCCCCUGGGACGUGCAGCAGCAGCAGCAGCAGCAGCAGCAGCAGCAGCAGCAGCAGCAGCAAUAG